AUGGAACAUCAGAGAGUCGCCGGCGUGGACGCCGCAGGCGGCCUCGGCCGCGCGGGAGUCGUCCUUCUCACCGUGACCGGCGCCGCAGCCGCCUACAGAGCGGCGGCGGCAGGGGACGUCGCCUUCGUAGCGUUCGUGAUCGUCAGCUACAGCGCUCUCCUGCUGCUGCUCCGCUUUCUUCGCGCCGACGAGCUGGCGCCGCCGGAGGCGGCUGUCGGUAGGGAACGGCUCAGGCGCAGGGUCUGGGCGCUCUGCAUGCUGCUCAGCGUGAUGUUCGCGUGGAAGUUUGCCAGCGUCAAGCCGUGGCCCGUCGCGGUCGGCGUGUGGGCCGCGGCUGCUGCGACCUCUGCGGGUGGCUUCGUUCUCCUCUUUCGUCCGCAGCGUCGCCUCCGUAAGUUGGAGGAGGGCGGCAGCGGUAGGGACGCCAAGAUCAAGGCCGCGGUGUGGGCGCUCAUCACGACGCUGCUUAUCACGGCCAUGUUCGCCAGCUAUGCCUUGGGGGUCGCGCCGCUGAGCUGUUCAAGAUGGGCUUCGGCGUCGCGGCGUGCAACUUGGCACUCGCCCACCACCACGCCCGCGUGCCGCGGGCUCCAUGGCGUUCGUGUUCUUGGCAUAUCUGGGUUUCGUGACGCACACCUGGUUCUUCCUCCGUCGCUUCGAAGGCCGCGCUCGCGGCGCCGGGCAGUGAGGCAAUGA